AUGAUUAAUCAAGCUGAAAUCUGUCUAAAUAAAAUUGGUUGGGGAAAAUACCAAAGAAAAGUCUUCCUAUGCUGCAGCGAAUCGGAAGCUAUGUUCAUUGGGGUAGCUAUGCUACUCCCAGUCAUAGCUCUCCAGUUCAACGACUACAGCUAUACUUUUAAAGGGCUUCUUGGGUUUUUGGUUCAUUUCUGUGCCCUUAUUGCGUCAAACUAUUUUGGGAAAAAUAUCGCAACAGUAAGUCAUGUCUCAGUUUUUAAGAACUGGGGAGGCUGGCUAAUGGUCUUUGGACUGUUGAGCCUUGUAAGCUCCUCAAGUUAUUUAUAUGUUUUACUGUCAAUGAUCCCAAUUGGAGCUGCUGGAGGCGCUGAUAUGGCUAUCAACUACUGUGUCUUAUACGAAAGCAUACCAAUUCAAGAUAGAAAAUGCUUUAAUUGGGUUCCUUUUGGCAUAAACAUACUUGUGACUGCUAUAUAUGUGGCAGUUUUGGGACUCGAAAUAUAUGGAUUAGUCCAAAAUUGGAAAAUCAUUGUUUUGGCACUAUUGCUGAUACAUAUAGGUUUUUCUUUAGUAAGACUUAGCUUGGUAGAAGGGCCGCUUUAUUUGUACCUACAAGGGAAAAAAGAAGAGUUUAAAAAGUCAAUCAAAACUGUAACUUAUUAUAUUUUUUAUUAAUGCAGGCUUUUUAAAAAUUUAAAAAACAUAAAAUCAAUAUAAUAUAUAUCGCCAUAUAAAUAGAUUGUAAUUGAAAAUGGGCUCAAAGACACUAAUAUCGAAGAAUCAGUCGCAUUUGAAAAUAAACAAAUAGAUUGGUGCGAUACAUUUGGAGAACUCUUUAAGGACCCUUUAUCGUCCUCUACUUUUAAACUAAUGCAAAUGUUCUUCUGCGCCUUUUUUGCUAUAGAAGGCUUAGUCAUGUUUAUGCCAAGUCUUAUUAUAUCAAGCAGUAAAACAGAAAUUUUCACUUGUUUAGCGGUCAUUGAAAUUUGUGGGCUGCUUUUAAAGGUUUUAACUGAAGUUUUUACUUUUAGCAAAACAUUUAGAAAAGCAUUGGUAAUUUUAAGCUAUUUCUCAAUGGGUUUGGUAAUCCUAAGCUUUGCUUAUGCAAAGGAAUUUAAUUCCAAUUUGUGUAGCAGCGUGCUUUAUGGGAUUGCAUCAAGUAUUGGGAUACAUGGACUUUAUUCUUUAGUCCAAGACCAAUUUCCCCUAAAAAAUAGUGGGCCUGCGUUCAGUGUGAUGGGGUCGAUGGGGACUGCUGGGAAUAUGAUCGGAUCGUUGACUUCAGGAAUUGCUUUGGAUUAUUUGGGUGGGCUUUAUGUAAUUAUUGGAAAUUCAAUAUUAUUGGGGAUGACGGGGCUAAUUGGGCUAACCUUAAAAGCAAUACCUAAUGAAAAGAAGACUAAUUAG